CACGGCGGUGGCGCGCGCGUGCUCCGUCGGGCGGUGCAGCGGCGGCGACGGAGCCGGCCAUGGUCGUGGGCGGUGGGCGGGUGUCGCGCUGAGCCCCGAAGGCAGCAGGAGGCUGGGAGUCAGGCAUGCGGGUGCCGGAGCCGGGCGGGCACGGCUGCGGGAGCUGCUGACGGCGCUGCGGGAUCGGGAGCCGGUGGCGGCGCGCGGGGCAGUCUGUCUUCCAAUCUGAAGAAGUCUUCCAUGAGUACUUCACAUUUAACAAUAAGUUAUAUCAUAUAUUCCUAGAAGACUGAAAUGGGGGCUGUGAUUUUGAGGGCCCUGAGGUUAUGAAUGUGCUUCUGCCCUAUGAUGCCUCCUGCUAUGGCAGACACCCUUGACAUCUGGGCCGUGGAUUCACAGAUCACGUCUGAUGGCUCCAUCUCUGUCGAUUUCCUUCUGCCCACUGGGAUUUAUAUCCAGUUGGAAGUACCCCGGGAAGCUACCAUUUCUUAUAUUAAACAGAUGUUAUGGAAGCAAGUUCACAAUUACCCAAUGUUUAACCUCCUUAUGGACAUUGACUCCUAUAUGUUUGCCUGUGUGAAUCAAACUGCCGUAUAUGAGGAACUUGAAGAUGAAACACGAAGACUUUGUGAUGUCAGACCUUUCCUUCCAGUUCUCAAACUAGUGACUAGAAGCUGUGACCCAGCAGAAAAAUUGGACUCAAAAAUUGGAGUUCUUAUAGGAAAAGGUCUUCAUGAAUUUGAUGCCUUGAAGGAUCCUGAAGUGAAUGAAUUUAGAAGAAAAAUGCGCAAGUUCAGCGAGGACAAGAUUCAGUCUCUGGUGGGGCUGUCUUGGAUUGACUGGCUCAAGCACACGUACCCGCCCGAGCACGAGCCGUCCGUCCUGGAGAACCUGGAAGACAAACUUUAUGGAGGGAAGCUGGUUGUGGCUGUGCAUUUUGAAAAUAGCCAGGAUGUAUUUAGUUUUCAAGUGUCUCCCAAUUUGAAUCCUAUAAAAAUAAAUGAAUUGGCAAUCCAGAAACGCCUCACUAUCCGUGGGAAGGAAGAGGAAGCUAGCCCCUGUGACUAUGUGUUACAGGUCAGUGGGAGAGUGGAGUAUGUGUUUGGUGACCAUCCACUGAUUCAGUUCCAGUAUAUCCGGAAUUGUGUGAUGAACAGGACCCUGCCCCACUUCAUCCUUGUGGAAUGUUGUAAGAUCAAGAAAAUGUAUGAACAAGAAAUGAUUGCCAUAGAGGCUGCCAUCAGCCGAAACUCCUCCAGCCUUCCUCUCCCUUUACCACCAAAGAAAACACGAGUUAUUUCUCAUGUCUGGGACAACAACAACCCUUUCCAAAUUGUCUUGGUAAAAGGAAAUAAGCUUAACACAGAAGAAACUGUGAAAGUUCAUGUCAGAGCCGGGCUUUUUCACGGAACCGAGCUCCUGUGUAAAACCGUCGUAAGCUCAGAGAUAUCAGGAAAGAAUGACCAUAUUUGGAAUGAACAACUGGAAUUUGAUAUUAAUAUUUGUGACUUACCAAGAAUGGCUCGAUUAUGUUUUGCUGUUUACGCAGUUUUGGAUAAAGUAAAAACGAAGAAAUCAACAAAAACUAUUAAUCCCUCUAAAUAUCAGACCAUCAGGAAAGCAGGAAAAGUGCAUUAUCCUGUCGCAUGGGUAAACACCAUGGUUUUUGACUUCAAAGGACAGCUGAGGUCUGGAGAUGUAAUAUUGCACAGCUGGUCUUCGUUUCCUGAUGAGCUUGAAGAAAUGCUGAACCCCAUGGGGACUGUGCAGACGAACCCGUACGCUGAGAAUGCAACUGCCUUGCACAUUAAGUUUCCAGAGAACAAAAAGCAGCCUUAUUAUUACCCCCCCUUCGAUAAGAUCAUUGAGAAGGCAGCUGAGAUUGCCAGUGGGGACAGUGCGAACGUAUCAAGUCGUGGUGGGAAAAAGUUUCUUGCUGUACUGAAAGAAAUCUUGGACAGGGACCCCCUGUCUCAGCUGUGUGAGAACGAAAUGGACCUUAUUUGGACUCUACGGCAAGACUGCCGAGAAAAUUUCCCACAGUCACUGCCAAAACUACUCCUGUCAAUCAAAUGGAAUAAACUUGAAGAUGUUGCUCAGCUUCAGGCGCUCCUGCAGAUUUGGCCCAAACUGCCACCCAGGGAAGCACUGGAGCUCCUGGAUUUCAACUAUCCAGACCAGUAUGUCCGAGAAUACGCUGUAGGCUGCCUGCGACAGAUGAGUGAUGAAGAACUCUCUCAGUAUCUUUUACAGUUGGUGCAAGUUUUGAAGUACGAGCCUUUUCUUGACUGUGCCCUCUCCAGAUUCCUAUUAGAAAGAGCACUUGAUAACCGGAGGAUUGGCCAGUUUCUGUUUUGGCAUCUUAGGUCAGAGGUGCACACCCCUGCUGUGUCCGUUCAGUUUGGUGUCAUCCUAGAGGCAUACUGUCGGGGAAGCGUGGGGCACAUGAAAGUGCUUUCCAAACAGGUUGAAGCACUCAAUAAAUUAAAAACUUUAAAUAGCUUAAUCAAAUUGAAUGCGAUGAAGCUGAACAGAGCUAAAGGAAAGGAGGCCAUGCACACGUGCUUAAAACAGAGUGCCUACCGGGAGGCGCUCUCUGACCUGCAGUCACCUCUGAACCCAUGUGUCAUCCUCUCAGAGCUCUAUGUUGAAAAGUGCAGAUACAUGGACUCCAAGAUGAAGCCGCUCUGGCUGGUCUACAGCAACAGGGCCUUUGGAGAGGACGCAGUGGGAGUGAUCUUCAAAAAUGGCGACGAUUUGCGGCAGGACAUGCUGACCCUGCAGAUGCUGCGCCUGAUGGAUCUGCUGUGGAAAGAAGCUGGCUUGGACCUGCGAAUGCUCCCCUAUGGCUGUCUAGCAACAGGAGAUCGCUCUGGCCUCAUUGAGGUUGUGAGCACCUCUGAGACAAUCGCUGACAUUCAGCUAAACAGUAGCAACGUGGCUGCCACAGCAGCCUUCAACAAAGAUGCUCUCCUGAACUGGCUCAAGGAGUACAAUUCUGGGGAUGACCUGGACAGAGCGAUUGAGGAGUUCACCCUGUCCUGUGCUGGCUACUGUGUAGCCUCUUAUGUCCUUGGCAUUGGUGACAGGCACAGUGACAACAUCAUGGUGAAGAAAACCGGCCAGCUCUUCCACAUAGACUUUGGGCAUAUUCUUGGAAAUUUCAAAUCUAAAUUUGGCAUUAAAAGGGAACGAGUACCUUUUAUUCUUACUUAUGACUUCAUUCAUGUCAUUCAACAAGGAAAAACGGGAAACACAGAAAAAUUUGGCAGGUUCCGCCAGUGCUGUGAAGACGCGUACCUGAUUUUACGGCGGCAUGGGAAUCUCUUCAUCACCCUGUUUGCGCUGAUGUUGACGGCAGGGCUUCCCGAGCUCACAUCAGUCAAAGAUAUACAGUAUCUUAAGGACUCUCUUGCCUUAGGAAAGAGUGAAGAAGAAGCACUCAAACAGUUUAAGCAGAAGUUUGAUGAGGCACUCAGGGAAAGCUGGACCACUAAGGUGAACUGGAUGGCUCACACAGUUCGGAAAGACUACAGGUCUUAGCGUCCGCUCUGCUCUGCUGCACUUGCCUGUUUGUCUCCUUUCCAUUUUGCACUUGCACUAUUGAACAUGACCCUGCCAGAAAUGCCAAGGGAAUGAAAUCCUGAAGCUCAGCGUGAAGUUCAGAACACGGCGUCCCACAGAAGCUCGUCUGAACCACCCCAGUGCCCACCCUCUGUAACUGAGUGCUUCCAGGACUCAUCAUGAGUGUCAGCAGCAGCAUGGAGGACCCUUUCCUGCUGACCUUGCACGCCGAGGAAUGCUCCUGGGGACUGUUUGGGGUCUCUUCUCUCUUUUCUUCAGUGUUUGGUACCUUCCCAGAGAGGCAUAAAUACUUCUUUCCAGUGUUGACCAAGUGCUGCAACUCAGCCAGCAACUUAGCACGUUUGGGGGCUGGAAACUGUUCUAAGAAAGGUAUCUCCCUCUCCUUUUUAAAUUGUGUGAGCUACAAAUUACAUUGAUUAUGUUGAACUUAUUAUUUUUCAAAGGAAAUAUUUUAAACCUGUGAAAACUCACUAAUUUUGUUAAUAUUUAUCAUGAUGGCAUCAUUUCAGCCAGACUUGCUGAGAAUCUAUUGGUGGGCAAAUAUAAUAUAUAUAAUAUAUAUAUAUAUAUAUGCUGCAUAUAUAUUUAUAAAAUUUCUAGUGGGAGUUCUAUAUAAAGAGAUGUUUCUUUGGUAUUCUUCAGCCUUGUUUUACAGUUUUACAAAAGCGGAGCUUUUUCCUAAGUUACUUUUCGGUUAACUGUGGAUCCAGUGCUUCCAGUCGCCUCACUCCUGAGGCACCUAUGAAUGUGGCUUCUCUCUGUAGCUCUGAGAGUUCAUCUCAUAGAACACAAUACUUGAGCAGAUGUAUCCAAGGAAGCAAGCGAAUGAAAGGAAUCUAUUUAUGGAAUAAACUCGAAACCUAAAUUUCAGUAUUUUAGUAAUAUGCCAGCUGUUCUUAAUGUAUUUAUUAAAAUGUAUAACAUUGUGAUUUUUUUCAACGGUAUUAGUUCAAAUGGAAGUGGAUCCGUGCCACAUGGAAGUCUGUAACUUACUUGUUGAGGUACCACACAGUUCGGGUGCUAGGCGGCGGGUGUGAGCAUGUGCAAUAGAACUACUGGUUUGCUGUGUACAUGGACGUCAGGAUCCAGCAAAGCUACUGCUUCUUCUCCAAAGACACAUGGGAGCCCUCAGUCCUCAGUGGCACGGGAAACACAACUGAGUACUUGCCCUGAGACUUCAGUUUUCUAUAGGAAUUUUAUUAAAGAGUGUUUAAUUUUGUUGUCCUUCUGAAUGUUCUCAGUCAAAUAAACGGGUGGUUCCGGCUGUUUGGGGA